GGUUAAUUUUUUUGACAAGUGACCAGUGCAGUGACAUAUUACAUGUCACUUGUAAUUUUUAAAUGUCAGUGAAUCGGUGAAAAGAAUAACAAAAAUUAAAAACAAAAUUACAUAAACGAUAAACGACCAAUUUAAUAAUGAAAAUAAACGAGAAAAACUUGUGUGCUUUCGCUGUUUCUGCGACUCCAAUUGACAAGGAAGGAUAUUUAAAUAAACGCGGAGAAGUCAAUAAAACUUUUCAAAGACGGUACUUUGUAUUAAAAGGCAAUCUUUUAUUUUAUUUCGAUAAAAAAGGGGACAAAGAACCAGUUGGGGUUAUUAUUUUAGAAGGUUGCUCAAUAGAAUUAGCAGAAGAUGAUGCUCAAUUUAGUUUUAAAAUUGAAUUUCAUGGGCAAAAUAAUAGAAGUUAUGUUCUGGGUGCCGAAUCCCAAGAAUCAAUGGAACAAUGGAUGAAAGCAUUGGCCUGUGCAGGUUAUGAUUAUAUGAAAUUAAUGGUGGCUGAACUUCAACGACAAUUAGAUGAUAUUGAAGAGACUCCAAUGCAAGUAACUAAUUCACAGCCAGCUGGGUCACCAAUCCCUCCACCUAGGACUAGACAUAAUCCUUUUAACAGGCCAGAUAAUAAUCCGCAUCAAAGAUCUCACAGUUUAAGAGCUAGUAGCUCCUCUAAUUCUGGCCGCAUGGGUGAAAUCAGACAUUCGGAUAGUACCACAAAUGCGACGACUGGAUCAUCACCUAAAAUAACUAUUACUUUCCGGGAAUUGCACAAUUCUUACGGAAGGCCAAUUUUAAAGGAUUAUAAUUUUUGGAAGUAUGAACAGAAGGAAAAGGUUGAGAAUGCCUCAGAAAACCUUAUUACCUUUUAAAAUAUAAAGCUAAUUAGUACUUAAUUAGAGAUACAUACAAGAGGAAUAAACUGUAUUGUAAUUUUCCAAUCCAUUCAGUCCAAAUACAGCUGACGAAUUUAUUUUCAAAACAAUCUACUGAGCUGCUGGUUUUUAACUAGUUUGUGAAAUAACCAAAACAAGACUUAAAUUAGUAAUAUUAUUAAUUUUGUAUUUAUUUAUAGCACUGCAUAUAUUAUCUAAGGUCCAUUCCGAAAUUCUAUAUACUUUUUAUUAUUUUACUCAUUGAUUUAUGUAGGUGUUGCUUCUCAGAGCUACUUUAGGGACAACAUUCCUGAUUAGGACAACACAACGGUGAAUGACCGAGUGAGUAAUUAUGAAUUAGAAUUAUUUAUAAUUAAUUAUAAAUCAGAAACGAUCCCGGACGUAAUCUGGGAAACAUAGCCACCAUUUAUAACCACCAUGUGCCCCUGAGAAAUAUAAUUGAAAUCAAGAAUAUUUUUUUGAAAUAUCUGUUCGAGUUGUAUUUAUUGGGACAUUGAUGGAAAACUCUUGUUCUUGUUGUAUCUCUAGGAAUGAUUUAUUUAUUAAUGACUUGUUAUAGUUUUUGGUGAAACUAAAGACUGCCUUUUAUAUUGGAAUGUUUUUAUGUGAAUGCUUGUAAUAAUUAAAAAAAAAUGUUUUAAUUGAUCGUUCCCUUACAAAUGUGCCUAUGCUUGAACUUGUGAAAGAAAGAGAAAUAUUAAGUGAAAAUAGUCAUUUUCUACUCCCAUGUAAAAAUUCGUAUUGAAAUCGAAUUCACUUUGGUACAGAUUCAGCUUCCAUAAGUUUCUUUUAUUUUUAGGUAGACAAAUAAUGAGUGAAUUCAGUUUAAGGCAGUCAAAGACGCCUAAAAUUUAAACAAAAUUCUCAUCUUAUUAUUCUUAUCAGGAAUCCCUGGAAUUUAGUGAGGUAAGUUGGGGUAAUUGCGUGGUAAAAUUUGAACAGUUCAUCUUUAGGUCUCCACUGUGUUAGUAUUUCACUUCGAAAAAAUCUGAAACCUACUGG